AUGACUGGCGCGCCAGCCAUGACUGACAGCCUUUUGGCUGUCUGGCAUGCCUAUCGUCUGCCCAUCCUCGUCGCCGUGUCCAUCUUCUUCGUCACUCUCCGUGUCUACACUCAAUCCCAGUCGCGACCCAAGACCGCUGCCUCAUCCUCAGUCCCCGUCUCGCCCCGUGGCCAAUCGCCCGAGAAAUCUCAGAAACUCGAUGCCCCCGCAGAAAAACCGAUCGCCCCUCAGAACCCUACCACAAAGGAAAUUUUCAAGCCCGCGCCCAAGUCUGUGAAGCCGGCAUCGGGACCUAAGCGCGUGCAAGGGAAGAAGAAGCCAGCAAAGACCAUCGGCGGCCGCCGUCCAUCCAACGAAGAUAAUGACAAUGGCCCUCCGGUGUCUUUCAUCCAGCCUAUUGUCUUCUUCGCCUCGUUGACCACCACCACCGAGCGAUAUGCCAAUGCAUUCUUCCCCCCCCAACUCCAUGACAUCUCCUACAUCGACUUUGACGAUUUCUUCACCACGGUCCCGCCGUCGUCCUCCCCCGAUACCCGCUACGUUUACUGUAUCCUGAUCCCCACCUAUAACAUCGACACUGUACUCAGCACCUUCUUGGGUCACCUGGAUGAAACCCACAAUGACUUCCGAAUCGACACGGCGCCCCUGGCUAACUUGGCGGGUUACUCGGUCUUCGGUUUUGGUGACAAGGAAGAAUGGCCAACCGAAGAGCAGGGAUUCUGCUCGCAGGCCAAGGAGGUCGAUCGCUGGAUGGCCAAACUGACCGGUCGCAAGCGUGUGUAUCCAUUGGGUAUGGGUGAUGUCAAGAGCGAUGCUGAGAAUGCCCUGAAGGACUGGACUGAAGGUCUGCUGGAUAUCUUUGGAGACAUUCUGGAGUACGGAGGACUUGGUGAGGGUGUUCGUGGCAGCGGUGAUGCGAUGGAGAGUGACGAGGAAGAUGUGGAGGACGAGGACGAGUCGCAAAGUGGAAAGAAGAAGUCCUCAACCAUGGUCGAUCUUGAAGAUAUCAAGAUGAAUGGUGAUUCCGCCGCGCCACUCCCUGUUGACUUUACCACCGUUGGAAAAGCCGUCACCGUCACAGAAACCGCCAAAGAGAUGGUCCCCAAGACCUCUCCGACCUACACCGCUCUGACCAAGCAAGGAUACUCUAUUGUUGGCUCGCACUCCGGUGUGAAGAUCUGUCGCUGGACCAAGUCUGCUCUGCGUGGCCGCGGUUCAUGCUACAAAUACUCGUUCUACGGUAUCAAAUCUCACCUGUGCAUGGAAGCCACACCUUCGCUCUCUUGCAGUAACAAGUGCAUUUUCUGCUGGCGUCACGGCACAAACCCUGUGGGAACCACAUGGCGCUGGAAGGUGGACGAGCCCGAACUGAUCUUCAAUGGUGUGAAGGAGGGCCAUUAUAAGAAGAUUAAGAUGCUGCGCGGUGUCCCCGGUGUUCGUGCGGAGCGCUUUGCCGAGGCGAUGCGCAUCCGACACUGCGCCCUGAGUCUUGUCGGUGAACCCAUCUUCUAUCCUCACAUCAACCGCUUCCUUGAAAUGCUGCACAAUGAGCGCAUCUCCAGUUUCCUUGUCUGCAAUGCCCAGCACCCCGACCAACUGGAGGCACUGUACCGUGUCACCCAGCUUUACGUCUCGAUCGACGCCAGCAACCGCGAGAGUCUACGCAAGAUCGAUCGCCCCCUGCACCGCGACUUUUGGGAGCGAUUCCAACGCUGCAUGGAUAUUCUUCGCGAAAAGCGAAGCUACCAGCGCACUGUUUUCCGACUUACUCUGGUCAAUGGAUUCAACGUUGAUGAUGAAGUGCAGGGAUACGCGAACCUGGUUGAGAAAGCACUGCCGGGCCUGGUCGAGAUCAAGGGUGUCACCUUUUGCGGAACCAGCACCAGCGCCGGAGCCGGUCUGACAAUGAAGAACGUGCCUUUCUACGAAGAGGUCGCCGCGUUCUGUGUUGCGCUUAACGCGGAGCUAGAGCGUCGGGGUCUGCACUAUGGCAUUGCUGCGGAGCAUGCCCACAGUUGCUGUAUCCUGAUCGCAUCGGACAGAUUCAAGGUAAACGGCAAGUGGCACACCCGCAUUGACUACCAGCGCUUCUUUGAGCUGCUGGAGCGAGAGAAGGCCGAUGGCACCCCUUUCAUCCCAGAGGACUACAUGAUGGAGACCGAGGAGUGGGCAUAUUUCGGCAAAGGUGGAUUUAACCCCGAUGAUGAACGUUGGUUCCGCAAGAACGCCAAGCCUAGACCAACUCAUCUUAUCCCCGCCGAGGCCCAAGCCCAAGUCGAUGCCCACGUCCAGGCCCAGGACUCAUGA